CCCUUUAAAAAUCCAGAGUUGCGGGGGCGGGCGGCUGUGUGUGGAGCGGAGCCGGAGAGCGGCUGCUGGGAACGAGGGGUGAGCGGGAAGGAUGUUCUCAUCCGUGAAGCCCUAUGAAAAUCAGCGGUACUCAUCUUUGAAGAAGGACUGUCAGAGAAGGAAGAUCCUGUUUGAAGAUCCGCUCUUUCCAGCCAACGAUGACUCGCUCUUCUACAAGACUAGGAUUCAGGGGAUACAAUGGAAGCGACCCAAAGACAUCUGUGAGGACCCCCACCUCUUUGUGGAUGGAAUCAGCUCCCAUGACUUACACCAAGGGCAGGUGGGCAACUGCUGGUUCGUGGCCGCCUGCUCAGCGUUGGCGUCCAGAGAAGCCCUGUGGCAGAAGGUAAUUCCGGAUUGGAAAGAGCAGGAAUGGUCCUCGGAAAAACCGCAAAGCUACGCCGGGAUUUUCCAUUUCCAGUUCUGGCGUUUUGGCCGGUGGAUCGACGUGGUGAUUGACGACCGCCUGCCGACGCUCCAUAACCAACUCAUCUACUGCCACUCCAACUCCAAGAACGAAUUCUGGUGCGCCUUGGUGGAAAAAGCCUAUGCGAAACUCUCAGGAUGCUACGAAGCCUUGGAUGGAGGCAACACGGGCGAUGCCUUGGUGGAUUUUACUGGUGGGGUCUCGGAGCCCAUUGACCUGGUCGAAGGAGGCUACAGCAGUGACGAGGACAAACGAAACCUCCUUUUCGAGAGGGUGCUGAAGGUCCAUAACCGAGGAGGCCUCAUCAGCUGCUCCAUCAAAGCCGUGUCGGCUGCCGAUAUGGAAGCUCGGCUGGACUGUGGCCUGGUGAAAGGACAUGCCUAUGCGGUCACCGAUGUCAGGAAAGUCCGCCUUGGCCACGGCUUGCUGGCCUUCUUCAAGUCCGAGAAGCUGGACAUGAUCCGGUUGAGGAACCCUUGGGGGGAGCGAGAGUGGAACGGCCCAUGGAGUGACACCUCGGAGGAAUGGCAGAAAGUCAGCAGCGGUGAACGGGAGAAACUAGGAAUGACCGUGGACGAUGAUGGCGAGUUUUGGAUGGCCUUUGAUGACUUCUGUAGAUACUUCACCGACAUCAUCAAAUGCCGCCUGAUCAACACGUCCUACCUGAGCAUCCAUAAGACGUGGGAAGAAGCCGUCUUGAAGGGCGCCUGGACGCGGCACGAAGACCCUUUGAAGAACCGCUGUGGAGGCUGUAUCAACAACCGGGAUACUUUCCUGCAAAACCCCCAGUAUGUUUUCAAUGUGAAGAAAGCAGAGGACGAAGUUUUGGUUUGCAUCCAGCAAAAGCCCAAACGGACCAGCCAGAAGGAAGGGAAAGGAGAGAACCUCGCCAUAGGAUUUGACAUCUUCAAGGUGGAACUCAACCGGACGUACCGAAUGCACAGUUUACAGACCAAAGUUGCCGCCUCCGUCUACAUCAAUUCUCGUAGUGUCUUCCUGAGGACAGACCUGAAAGAAGGUCGCUAUGUCAUCAUACCGACCACCUUCGAUGCUGGCCACGUGGCCGAGUUCCUGCUCAGGCAGUUCACAGACGUGCCUUCUGAGUGCCAAGAACUGACCUUGGACGAGCCCCCUCACACCUGCUGGAGUGGAAUAUGUGGCUAUCCCCAAUUGGUGUCCCAGGUCCACGUCAUCUCGGCUUCCGGCCUCAAGAACCAUGGCUCCGAAGAAGGCGUGGAUCCCUAUGUGAUCAUAAAGUGUGAAGGGGAGAAAGUCCAAUCACCAGUCCUGAAGAACACUCUGACGCCAGAAUUUGAUGUAAAAGGACUUUUCUACCGCAAGAAACCAGGGAAGCCGGUCAUAAUUCAGAUCUGGAACCACAACCUGAUCACAGAUGAGUUUCUGGGUGAAGUCGCCAUGGCCGGAGACCCCAACGAGCUUCACCCUUUGCACAUUCUCCACCUCCAAGAGCGAGGGAACAAACGGGUUUCGGAAUUGCCCGGCGUUCUUAAGGUUCAGUUGCUGAGUAGCAACGUUCUCACUAGCAUCUGAGACACACGAGGUGGUGGUGGUGGUGGCCUUUUCUGCUCUUCCCCAUCUUCCAUUAUUCCUCUAAGUGUGUCUCUCUUUGUGUGCCCGUCCGUGUCUCCAUACUGUGCAUGCCUUCACUUUGGAAACGGGACCAGCCCUUCUAAGUUCAGCCUGGUUUGGUUUUGGUUUUUUUUCCACAAUUUGACACAAAAGGUGCCUUUUUUCAAAGAAGCCAAAAUGCGGUGUUUUGCUUCAGUUUUUUUUUUUUU